AUGGUUGAGCGAUGGUUAAGUUUUAUGAUAAUUAUAGGCUCUUUAAAAAGUCAAGGAAGAGAAUCGAAUAUAUACAUUUGUUUAUUUGAUGCAAGUCGUGUUGAAGAGAAUAUAAACUCAUCUAUAAAACUUCUUUUUUAUGAAAAGUGGAGAAGACGACUUGCUAGAACAUUCCUACUUAUAAAGUUGACAUGUCUUUAUUUUGAGGAAGCGAAAGUAAAAUACACUGGCAUUCUUUUGAUUGGCGCCCCAUACAAAAAACUAACUAGCUAA